CUUCAACAACACACUUCUCUUCUGUGGCCUUCUUGGCAAAUUCAAAUUAUGUUUACAACCGACUUGUGUGGUUUCCUUUGUGAAAUUUAUGCUUAUUAUCAACUUAUUUUCCGCUUAUUUUGUUGUGUUUCUCAUCCUGAUUUAGUAUUCCUCAUUUCCUCCUAUCUGUACCUGUUUGUUUAGUUUUUAUUGUCAAAUCAUUUUUCAUUUUUAAAGCUUUGUUUUAAAUCUACAAUAGGCAUCUUCCGUAGAGUUAAAUUUUGCCGUCCUUUUCUGCCAGAUACUUUCAUAUCACGGUUUUAACAGUUUGUCUAUUUUGAAGUCAGACGUUCUUGCUGAAUCCUGCCAACAAAGCGCCCGUCUUUUAAGGAAAUCUCAUGAUUACUAUUUGUGGCCAGACUUUAAUAUCAUCAUCUUCAGCUGAUUGCCAGCCAUUAAGCUACUCAAAUUUGCGAAAAACAGGUCUGUUUGUCAUUUGGCCCUGUUUUACGAGAACGGGUGAUGGUUGCAAACGAAAUGGAUUAUGAAAGUGACUUGGAUACUCAUAAACGCCGUGAAUCGUGUUGUUCCAAUUGUGAAUCCCAAAUUUUUUGUUCUUAUGUUAUCAGUAUAUUGUCUUCAUCGUUGAUUGCCGGAGGAAUUUACCUGGCCAUUUUGAAAUGGGAUCAUCUUUGGUUAAUCUUACCAAUUGUUGGCUGUAUUCUCAUUUUCAUUGGAGCUUGUAUGUACUACUCGGGUCAGAUGGAUCUUAAAAGAAGACGUAAUCACAAAGCUAGCUCAGCCUCUCAUGUCUCUGGUCGACGACGAAUAAAACGAGGAAAUAAAGACAGAAGCUAUGGAGAUAAUUUAAUUUCUUCUACUCUUGGGGAUGGUCGAUCAUUAAGCCAACUUUCUAUAAAUAUGAUUCCUCAAUAUUUUGCUAAUUCAGAUCUCCCCGGAUCAACGGGACCAGCAUCUAUGCCAUAUAGUCAAAUCUUUAGAGUAAAUGGUCAAAGCUUUUUGAUUCUUCCCCUUAAUGGAGAAACGUCGACAAAUCCUAACGAAACUGCCAUUUCAUUGCAAAAUCUCAUGGUUAAGGUGCCUUGUAAAAAUGAUCAACAAAGUAAACCAGAAAGCUCGGAUAUUUACAAAAAGAUGGAGGAUUUUACUAAAAGAUUUGUUGAUCACAAAAUUUAUGCUUCAACCGAAGGAAGUUUGCCUUCUUCAUCAGUCUCUCAUGACGGACGUUUAAUUGGUCUUGACAACCGAGCAACUGGAGUAGCUACAGGCUUACCUAGAGAUGCUGCGCCUGGAUCUCACAGUGAAUCUCAUUUCACCUCCAACUACUUCUGUGCUCCAAGUACCUCGACUUCAUUCAACACAUGCCAACCAGAAGCCCAAACAUCAAGGGUUAAUAAUUGUAACUUAAGGGUGGAUCCUGGUAGUAUCGGGUCUACUAAUACAAAUCAACCUUCAUCAUAUAUCCAACAAUCCCUGCCAACAUCAUCUACAUCAUCAACGUCAUCAUCCUCUGGUCCAUCAUCAUCUUCAAGAAGACCACUUCUUAGGCGUGAUACUUUCAACAAAGGUAAACCUUCAGUGACAAUUGUUAGUACAACCAAUUCAGCUGAUCCAGUUCAUGCUCAAACCACCGCUAUCACCAAACCAAGUACAUCGUCUUCUGUAAACAAUCGUUCCGACAACUGCAGUUCUGCCUCUAAUUCCCUCCGGUUACAUUCAUCUCAACCUGGUUCAGCGGGUUCAAGUGUUUAUCCUCAAACGGCAGCAGAAGGUUUAGUGAUUACUCAGUCAAAUCUCUCAUCAACCCCUAACAUCACUCCUUCAUCUGCUACUGUAACAAUAAAUUCACCAAACUCAACUACAUCCGCCGGUUCUGAUCGUCAACGUGCGAUGGAUCAAUGUAAUAAUCCAGAUGAAACUUUCAUUACAAUGUGUGGAGGAAAUGGAAGCGAUGUAGAUAAUUUGACAUUUGACGAAACUCUAAUUGAAACAGGAAGUGCAACUCCACCGCCAAGUUACGAAGAAGUAUUAUCCGUCGAUAUUACUGGACCUGGUGCUGAACUAAUGCCUAGUUCCUCAAAUUUCGAUACUCUUUGAAAAGAUUAAAAAGCUUUAAUUCAGCUGUCAUCAACAAACGUCCUUAUCACGAGAAACACAUUCAUUUUUCUACUUUCAUAAACUUUCGUUGUUUCCAGAUUGGUUUUUCAUUGAAAGAAAUGUAUUCAUUUGUACGUAAUUAAAAGAGUUUAAUACUUUAGAUAUUAAACAAUUGAACUUCAUUUUUUUAAUUGGUA